UCGCUACAACAUCGCCGACGCUCUCGAGGAUCUCGAACAAAAAGGAUUGACGUUUCGCGGGCGGGGUGACAUCACUAUCGUUUUCUAGUUGUGUUGUGUCAGUCACUCGCAGAAUGACGCAGUAGAAGGUCGUCUCAGAGAUGGCGAGCUUCCCAGUAUGAAAAUACAAUUUUAUGGCGAGGUAAAAAUAUUCAGUUUGGGAAGAAAAAAUGUCUGCAGACUCUCCAAGGCGUGGUGUGCAUAAAGGAGUACAAAUUGUAUCACCUCAGCCAAUAGUCGAUCGAUCAAUUAUAGACAGUGUUGCAGGAAUAAUUAAUGAUAUUGUUCCACAGGCUUAUGUUGGUACACAAAACUCUGAGAAUAAAGAGUCUAUAUCAUGGGCACGUUUUGAGUAUGCAGACAUUAAUGAUUCUGCCUUGUACCCUGACUACAAUGAAGGCUCUAAUACACCACCUUUACUAUUGGUGCUUGGUUACACAACUGGAGUUCAGGUAUGGCUGAUAGCAGCGACAGGAGAAGCGACCGAAGUGUUAUCAUGGCGACAAGGAGUUGUGCGCACUCUAAGAAUUUUACCAAAUCCAAAGACUGAUGAUGAACAUGUCGAUUUGUUUGAAUUGAAACGGCCGAUGGUGGCAAUAUGUGAUUCAGCUGGACCUGGACCACAAUUUUGCAACAUUAGUUUCAUUUCAUUGAAAACUGGGGAACAAGCUAAGAGCAUCAAAUUUAAAAGUCCCGUUUGCGAUAUUUUGGCGAAUAAACGAUCCAUAGUAGUAACAUUCUUAGAGAAGAUAGCGAUCUUCGAUGCCCGAACAUUGGAAGACAUACUGACAGUCACUACUUGUUACGCUAGCCCUGGUCCAAAUCCAAAUCCUGUCGCAUUAGGCACAAGAUGGCUUGCUUACAGCGAAAAGAAAUUAAUACCGGCGAAGAGGAGCAGCGGUGGUUGUGUGGGCGAAGGAGUGCAGAGUUAUACAGCGACCGUACUGUACGCGGCGAAGUCUUUAGGAAAAGGAUUACGCGAAUUGGGAGAAACAGUCGCGUCAAGUUUAACUGGGAACUCGGUAUCACCGAUAGUUAUUAAUAAUACGGGCAGCGAUGUGACCCAGCCCGGGGUGAUUACGAUAUUAGACCUCCAAGCUGCGAAAGAAGAAAAAGAGUUAGACGAUGCAAAUAUAGAGUCUGUAAUUGCUCAUUUUACUGCCCAUAGCGAUGCAAUCGUUGCCAUGACUUUUGAUCUAAGCGGCGCAUUGCUAAUGACCGCUGACAAAAGGGGACAUGAUUUUCAUAUAUUUAGAAUCCAACCGCAUCCAGGUGGUCCCAUCUUGGCAGCAGUACAUCAUUUGUAUGUUUUACAUCGUGGAGAUACUACUGCAAAAGUGCAAGAUAUGGUAUUUUCAAGUGAUACUCGUUGGGCGGCAAUUUCAACUGUACGGGGUACGACUCACGUUUUCCCGGUCGCACCAUACGGUGGGCCGGUGGGAGUACGAACUCAUUCCACGCCUCAUGUUGUAAAUAGACUUUCAAGAUUUCAUAGAAGCGCUGGUUUAAUGGACGACGGCACCAGAUCUCAUUCUCCCGUAUCUCAUACAGAGUUGCCUUUGUCCGUGUAUCCGUAUUCUAAUCCAAGACUUCCUCCAUAUCCCCAUCCAACUGUACUGCACCCUCUGGCACAGAUACGUCAACCAUCCACGUUAAACUACGUGAACAGUCAAACUCAACAAACACCGCAGCAAAGACAACGAUUGCACUCAGAUGACAGUGGGUCAUUACCGUUAAAAAUAUGUGCUUGCUUCGCACCUCCGAGAGCCUGGAUGUAUGCACAAAGAGAAUCCACUGCUAAAAUUAUGAAGAGAGCUGUCGAUUCUUUGUUCAUUAUGGCGUGCCACGGGAAUAUGAUACAAUAUGAUUUAGAACCUAAACCAGCGGCAGGUAUACCAAAGGAGAAGGUAUGCGACGAUACGAUGAUCGAAUUGGAGGUCGAGGCUAAAGGUCAAUGGCCUCUUUUAAGAUCUCCGAAUUCGUUAGAAAUCGUACCACCCUUGCUGACAUCCAGCCCUUUCUUGAGCGUUAACACUGUACCGAAAGAUAUUCAAUAUGGUGAUUUAGCGGAGGAUCGCUGGUUGAGCCAAGUAGAAAUCGUUACGCAUGCUGGUCCACAUAGACGACUCUGGAUGGGACCGCAAUUUGUUUUUAAAACUUAUAACGCAACUAGCGGAACUUCUGUUAAUCUUGUCGAAGCCGAAGCUGUUGAAAUUGGGGUGACCGGUGGAUCUCGUCCGGCGAGAUCUAAUCCAGUCAACAUGCCGCACGGUGCAUCUAGAUCGCUGGUACCUGUUGUCAUCGAUGGAUCAGGAAGUAGUUACGAGCAAUCUCCACGGUUCAUGGAAGCGUACGGUGAUUCCUUAGAUAGUGACAAUGUGGGAGUCGGUGGUGGCGAGAAUCAGUUGAGAGAAGAUCUUGCGGAAGCGAUGCUGGAGACGUCGAUCGCACCUCAUCGUGCACCAGGGAGGCGAUCGGUAUUUGAAAGGGUGGGUCAACCGGUAACUAAAGUCGUCAACCCUCUGGGCACCGUGAUUACCGUGUCGGCCGAUGAGGAGGACAUUAAUUCCAGUCAGGAAUUCGAUUCCGUGGAGGACAGCCACGUACCGGAACCACCUAGAAGCGUGUGCGCCGAGGAAGGUCCGGCAUCUCUCGGUGAUCUAGAACCGGAGAGCCAGACCCUGCGCGACCUUACAGAAAUUUGUGCGGAAAUGCGCUCGGCUAGCGAGCCGGCAAUCGAUAGCGUACCGGACGAGAACAUCUGCGAGGUGAAAGAGAGAAAAGCUCUCUGCGUCGAGAUCGCGGCGAUCACGAAUCCCGGAUGCUCUACCAUCGAUUUCGAGAAGGAAGAAGCGUUUCGCGACGUACCGACCAGUUUGAGCCUCUGCGUGGAACAAGGCGAAAUACCGAGCAGCCCUAUGACUCAGGCCAAGGAGGCAGCGUGGUCCAAGAAACUCAAAAGAGAAGACAGAGGAGCCCACGAAAAGAGCAUCUCCGAGGCACAGUACGUGGUUAAUUGUAGCGAUGAUAGCGUUCUUUUGGUAGAGAAUAAGAUGACACAGGGACGGAAGAGUUCGUCGUCGCAUUACAAAACAGAGUGUAAGAAAAGCUGCGAAUCUGAAAAGGUCGCGAAGAAAUCUGGGCGAAACGGGUCGAGCGUGAGUUGCAGUAAACGAGACGAGGCUAAGACGCCUGCUAAGAGAUACAUUUUAAAAGAACAGGAUGAUAGCAUUGUUAUAGAAGACACCGCUUACGACGAUUCUAAGUACAGUUGUGGCAAGAAGAAAGGAUGCGAGAAGAGCGUAGUUGAAGAUACCACGACUAAAGACGGCGAGUGUUCGAAGGAAAUUGCAAUAGGCAAAUCUAAAUGCAAAUCAAAAUCUUCCACUGUUUACGAUUGCAAACAAAUCAAAGGCGAACUGGCCGCGGAGAGCAAGAGCUCGGGUAAAAACGUGGAACUGGAUGCCAUCAGCGAAGAGACUGACAGAAUGGAAGAUUUCGAAUCGACGAUCAGCUUGGAUGUAUUAACCAAGGAAAUGUACAAAUCUCCGCCGUCGGAUUCGACCGACGAUUUCAGUUCAAGCGAGUAUCACAUCGUCGAUACAGCUUGUUGCAACAAAGAUGCAACCUCGGUUCAAUCCGAUGAGGACAUCGAACACAUUCAAAGUUCCGAGAUUACACAGUUGCAACAAGCUGAAUGUGCCGACGGUGAUAAAUGCGCGGACGUUAUAAGCUGCACGAGUUCUUCGCCCGUUAUGCAGAGAAAAAAUAGCAAGAACACGAUAUCUGACGAUGAUUUGGAGUUCAUACAUUCUUCCGAAUUGAUGGAAACAGCUGAAAGUUCUUUUAAAGAAGAUUCGAAGUUCGAAGCGGAUAAGGGCAGCGAUAGCGAACCAAGUACGCUUAAAAGUAAGGGCGCGUUCUCUGAUGAUGAUUUAGAGCACGUACAACAUUCAGAUGUUUGUGCUGUAUCGUCCGAAGAAUCUAAGAGCGGCCGAGAAAGAAGUCCGAAAAAGUCUCAGGAGGUUUCAAUGGAACAGGGAUCGAAAUCGAGAAGCUCGAAGAAGACAAAGGACAUCGUGGUGAUUGAGAGCGACACGUCGGCUGCUGAUGUAACUGUAAUAAUCAAACCGGUCGAAGGUUGGAAAAGUAAGAUUACGGAGAAGAAAGAUGAACUGGAUGAAUAUGCUACCACGAAGGAUACACCCGUUGGUGAAACCACUAGUCCUCUGAAAAAAGCUAAAAUUCGUUCGGCUAAAACCUCUCCCUCGAACGUCGCACCUAAACGAUCGCAGGCUGGAAUCGAAAUAAUCGACAUUGACGCGAUGCAAAAAGUUGAGAUGGAAUGGCAGAAGCUAAUCGACGCCACGACUACCUCGAAAUGUGAGAUUCUCUCUGUACCGGAAGUUACUGAAACACGUCCGAAGAAGUCGCGGAGGAGCAAGAGAUCCAAAUCUGAAAACACUGGUCAGAGUUCCGAAACAUCGGUCGAGAAACCCAUUGAAGAAGUCGCGAAAAAGGCAAAUUUGCAGGAAGCAACGGCCGAAUUUUCCUGGAGUUCGAUCUUAAAGAAGAAGCUGAGCUCUCCAGCACCGAAGAUGGAAACGUGGAAAGAAGACGACAAGGUACAGGAAUCUGUCGAUUCCUGGCCAUUGGCUGCUUUAGACUUUGAGGAUACGCCCGUUCAGUCUGCGAAAAUCUCUUGGAGCUCCGUUGUUAAGAAAAAUCAUGCUGGCUCCGGGGAACAAGGAACGCGAAGAGAGUCCGAGGACGGAGCGAUUACGGAAGAAGCAAGCGUCAUCGAGGAAAAGAAAAUUCGUCGAAGGCACGUAGCCUCUUCGGCUCGAUCCUCGACAGUAAUAAGCCAGCUAAGAGAUGCCGUUAGAAAAGCGAAGAUGAUAGAACUUCCCGUACAGACGGCAGAGGGAUCUUGGAGCUCUAUUGUAAAGAAAAAAGUUGCUUCCUCCGCUGAAUCGAGCACGCAGAUGCUUCGUAAGAAGCCGUAUCUUACAACCGAUGAUUCGGAAUCCGCUUCGGAUCAAGAGACAAAGACUUCCGUAACGAAGUCAUUUAAAAGCUCGGAGAAUUUGAUCGACGAGUCCACGGACGAUUGUGUGUUUCUGAAGUUUUCGAGCUCGCCUACAGACGCAUCUCCAAUCGAGAAGAACGAAACGAGUAAAAGAGGCUCGGGCUUGACAAAGAAUUGGAAUGUUGCCGAAUCACUGUCGGUAGACCCGACGUUUUCGAAGGAAGAUUCAUCGGAACUAGAGCGAGAUACGGAGCCAGAGAAGAGGAGCGACUCUGAGCAGGAGAUCGUGCCUGAGCGUUCGAGCUCCUCGGACGAGCUGAACGCAAACGUGGUGUUCGCGAGUACCGAAGAAGAUGUGGGCCGCGAUACGGCCGAGAGAAGCGGUACGAAUGGCUCAAGCUCCUUGAUCUGCGCUGUAUCCAGGAAAAGCAGCAGGUUGAAGAAAAAAAAACGUAGAUGAGUAGAGGAUUGUAUGGAUGUACCCAGGGCCAGCCUUGCCCUUUAUAUACUUCUGAUGCAAGUAACGGGAGUAGAUUAGCAGAAGUAUAAACCGGGAACUGAUCGUGUUCCCGACUCUUAUUGUAAUCGAGUUACUCUGGUCGUUUCACCAAAAGCAUCAUUCUAGGUGAUGAGCGUCUGUAUUAUACAAUCACUUAAGGGAAUAGAUUUCGGCUCCACUUUGUUUCGAAACGGGUGUCCGGAAUUUUCAGAUUUGGUAUUUUUUUGGAAAUAUUUUCUCAGGAAAAAAGGGCAUGAAAUUGAGAUAGCGACAGCAUGUUGAUUUUUUAAUUAUCACUGUAGAAUAUUAUCAGCACAAAAAGUAAUUCUCUGAGACACUCGAUGAAAUUUUUUAACACAAAGGCAAGGUUGUACCGUUGAACGUACAUCCAUCGACGUUCGAGUCGAAUGCGUAAAACGAACUAAAAAUGAAAAAAAUAUGGAAAGUAGGGAAACAACAUACGCGUACACUCUUUGAGCAUACGUAGAACAUUUCGAGAACGGGACUUCUGUGUGUAGGUGUUUAAAGAAAAGCAAAAAGAGAAAAAACACCGUCUGUGGUUCGAACAGUUAUAUAGUUAGCGAUUUCUGUUUCGACUGCCUCAACAUCGGCAGGUUUUAAAUGAAUCCGCUGUGCGUUGUCCGUGUGGUGCAUGAGAGAAGUGUUUUCUGGCUUCGAUUAUUACCACGAUCGAAAUUCAAAUGAAUCGCGACUUAAAUCUGGCUGUUUCGUUCCGAUAUGCACGGUCGCGAGAGAUAUUAUUAUUACACAUUUUUCAAUUCAGCACAAAGCUAUUCGUGAUCGUCGUGUUCAUCUUUGUUUUGUAUGCCGUCAAGACAUGCUUUCCAUGAAAGCUAUCUAUAAUAUAAUUUCACGGAUUUAAACGUAGCAUACUCGACAUUCGAUUGCUGCUUCAAUAAUCCGUUUGGUCGUAAAAAUGAUUAGGCUCGUCUACGAAUGAAACUCGUGAAGCAACUACAUUGAUACUAGGUCUUUGUUUGAAACGUACAAAACAUUGAUUGAACUUGGGACGAGUUCUGAUAAAAAAUUACUGUCAUGACAUACACAAUACUUCAUUCGUGAUGAUUAUGAAACGUUUAAAGAUCAGCCUGCUUUGCAAAUGGAACUAUUUUAAAUCCAAAGGAUUUUAUUUGAUUUACGAUGCAAAUCGUAAGAGACAGGUGAACGAUUCACUGUCUAUUUUAUCGUAAAGCUUCGAUCGUAUAUAAAUUCGUAAAUUCCUAUAAAUAAUCGGUAAAUUAAUAUAAAAAAUCGUAUCAUUGAUAUGCAUAAAGUACGAGCGCAUUCUUGCAUUAAUAUACGCAAGCAAGAAUUUCACUGGAAACGGGAUUCUGUGUAUGUAUCGUUUCAGAAUCUUGUUUCAAUACGCUAGAUGACUUUCUUUUCCUUUUUCGUGUCACUCGAGAUACGUUCUUGGUCCACACUACUUCACUUAAAUAUUAUAGUUUCGAUAGACAAACGAAUUUCAACCUGUUGAGUUCGGUGCACGUUAGAUUUCAUGGCUCUAGACAUUCUUAACAUUGUGAAAAAUACUCCAUCCUCGUAUUUGAACAUUUUCAAAUUUUGUCGAUAUUCGAUUUCUUCGUAGAAGUUAGAGAGACUUCUCGACAGAGUAGAUAUAUUUUGCACACGUUGUGUCGUAAAUUAUUAUCGAUCUCUGUCUAAUCUUAAUUACGAAUUAGAAAUUUUUAUGUAAUCUUCGAGUAAAAACUGUCCCAAGAGAGCCAAAGAUGGGUUGUGAUCGAUUAGUUGUGUAAUGUCGACAACGAGGUUGCAGUUUCACAUUCUCGGUUAAAAAUUUUCUUAAACAACGUCUUGUACGCUGCAGGAUUGUCUGUCUAAUUUCGCAAAACUUAUUUAAAACAAUUUAAGUGGUCGCACUGUACAGUUAUUAAUAUUACGCGAGCAUAUUUUAUAUUUAAUAAUUCCGGAAACGACAUUUCUGAGAAGCAACAGGAAAUAUGACUCCGUUUCUUAGUUCAAUUCUGUUUCUCACUGUCUCUUUGAUAAUAAUCUGUACAAAUUACCUUAUCUGUUCACUUCGUCUUUGAUCGAACACAUCGAUCAAGACUUCACGUCACGUUUAAAAGGAAAUCGUGCGACGCGUCGAUUAUUCGUUUAUAUAGAUAAAAAGUUAUAUUAUAGAUACAUAUAUAUAAUAAUUCUAACUCGUUAGAGUUUGUUGCUAGUACAAAUGGAAAACGACACGGGAUCUUUUCGGUCGAAUUCGAGGAGAGAUCGGUAUUUCGGGGAUUUAGCCGUGAGAUUUAGUACAAAGCUUUUAAUCGUCACUUUCGUCCUCGCAAGUGCUGUGAUUAUGUUCGUGAUUUCGCUGUGUUAAUAUCAGUGCUACGUCGAGGGAAACUGGCCGAAAGCAUAGGUGCAAUGGUUUUAACUGUAAUAGAUAUCAUCCUGCGAGUGGAAUUUUACUGACAACGAUUUCUAUUGCUGCACUACCGCUGCAAUUUAUUAGUUGUUAAAAUUGAUUGACUUGCUGUGUCGAUAACUUAUUUAUUUUAAUUAUUUAUCAUGCGUACGCAAAUGUAUGUACGUGGUAUUACAUUACCGCGUGUAUUUUAUUUAUUUUUAUCUUAUCAGUUUGUGAAAUCAAUUCUGUUUUGGCGGAGAUUAAUGAUUUAAGUGACGAAAUUAAUCAACAGUUUUUGUCGUAAUAAUUCACUCUACAUUCUUUCUACAAUAUGCUUUUGAUACAACUUUUGUCGUUUAUUUUAUUGAUCGCUGCGAUCGUUUUAUUACCUCGAGAAGUUAGUUGAAAUUUUUAAGAUUUUCACUUAAAAUUAUCGAGAAGUUAAACAAAUCAGCUAACAAUCUUAUAUUGUUAAUAAGCCAACUUUUACAAUUAUUUAUUCUUGUUGAUCAAUAGCACUUUACAUAUUGAAUUAUGUAUCAACAUCUGUUAUCGACUUGACUUUUAUUUAAAUGUUAAUAUAGUAGUCUAGCAAUAACGGUUUUAUUAUAUGAAUUACAUUGCAGACAUUUUUAUAAAGCGCACUUUUCAAGAUUUUUACAUUUUGCGAAAUGUAACUGUACGUCUCUACAGAGGAAAGCUCCAUAAAAAUAGAGUUUUU